UUGCUAUACGUUCUAAUUAAUUUACCCAAGGGUUUCAGCAAAUUCUGAACAAAUGUUAGAUAUUGAGUUGGUAUAGGAUAUGCGCUUCUAUUGCUUUAAGCAAACACAACUGAAAGCCUUGAAAUCCUACUUCUAUACAUUUGAACGCAAAUGGAACAGAGCCACCCGAUGCAAACUUCUUUGACAACAACCCAGCUUCCAGGAGUUCGGCACGAGUGUGAAUCAACCUAUGGCUAUGUUUCUAUGGUCAUCAUGUCCAUUAUGGGCAUAAUUGGAGCAACGGGCAACUCUGUGCUGAUUGGCUGUAUUUUUUCGAGGCGAGAGAAACUUGCCAGUGACGUCAUCAUCUGUUUUCUGGCCUUUCUGGAUAUGAGUUUCAACCUGGGUCUGCUACCUUCUAUUCUGUGGAUGAACAACUACUACAACAUGAUUGAAGACAACAGCUGGGCUAUGAAUCAGAUCAAAAUGGAAGCGUACGUGUGCUGUUUCUACAGCUUCGCCACCACCACUUUCUUCUUCUCUAUCGCUUUCACCCGCUACCUGUCCAUCAACGCCCGCUGCAGGGCCAGAAUGGGGUCCAAAUCUACCCGCAUAGGGUUCCUAUGCCUGGCUAUAUGUCUACUUUACAUGGGGGCCACAGUGGCCGUUUCUAUUUUCUACUCUAUGGUGUAUCUCAUACUCACAGGUGUGAUGAUGAUUGCCACUUUCGUCACUUACCUGCUCCUGUACCACGAGAUUACGUCAUACAUGGUGGUCUCAGUUGACAAGCCCAGUUGCACCAUGACAGCAGCCCAGAGGGGGGCUAUUAUGUCCCUAUUCUACACUACUAUUAUCUCUUUCCUUCUUCUAAUGCCCUGUAUGUCUACCAUGUUUCUCUGGUGCUGGCAAGGAUACUCAGACUACGUUUGGGGCAAACUCGACCAGGACUGUUUCAGUUUCAUACUCCUCAAUGUUUUCCACCAUCCCCUAAUGGCCAUUAACUUCUCCUGUCAUCCCAUUAUUCUGUUUUGCACCAGCCGACUGCUGCGUGAAGAGUGCAUUGUGUUCAUCCGGAGAAUCAGUUUGAAACUCUCAGGGGGAGGAUCAUACAGCAACGUUGAAAAUGCUCAAAACGUGAACAACGACGCUUGAAUUGCGAUAACAAGUUAUGUGAAUGGAAAUACAAAAGGGGUAAUUUAAUCUCACAAAAUAGUUAGAAAUUGUAAAGCGUUAUAGACUGUAUAAUAGGGUAUUU